GUCCAGUACGCAUGUCCGAAUUUAAUAGUAGGUAUGUAGUUAUCGACUUACCUUCUAUACAUCAGGUGGGAAGGUUUUAAUAAUCUAAAAUACUGUGGUGUAUGUUUAAAGUGUUUUAAGUGCAUUUAAACAUUAAUUUAACAAAUCGAAGUGAACCUGUCAUGGAUAACUAAUUUAUUGAGCAAGCAAUAGCAAAGAAACUAGUUUGAAAGAUGGCGUACCGAAACGGUUACUCAGAAAACGACAGGGACAUGGAUAGGGACGACAGAACCCCUGAAGGGGGUAAACCUCACAUAAUCGAGCAUUUGGCGACAUUCACGGUAACCCCCGAAACAGGGAUAAUGUACCCCGCUGAUGGUAUGAGAAGACUGCUGCAAUUAGAAAAAAGCAAUGGCAUUUGGUCGCAGAAAAUGUGUUUGUCCCUUGACAACUCCUGGGUGCUUAUAAUGGAUUUUGAAACAGGGAAUGUAAUGGAAAGAUUCCCCGCAAAUUCCAUACAAGAGCCGACAGCGUUCACAAGUCAAGAUCCAAUGGAUAUGUACAAUAAUAUUUUAGUUUUUAUUGUUGGCAAUGCUCAGCAAUCGCAUCCCCCCGAAAUGCACAUUUUCCAGUGUCAGAGCAUAUCGGCGCAAGACUUGGUGGAAGAUUUAAAACAAUUGCGUUUGGGCAAGGCCGUCAGCAGAAGCCGAAAAACCAGCAUCCCUCCGCCCUCCCACAAACCGCCGCAAAACAUAAUCAACCCCCAAAGAGAUCACCACGCGAGAGAUUACAGUCAUCACCACGGCUCGGAUUCCGAAGUGACGGCGAACAACGACGAUUCCAGCUCGACGACCAGCGAAAAGUACGAGCGCGACGUCACCGUCUUGAAUCACUGCUUCGACGACAUCGAAAAGUUCAUCGCUCGGCUUCAGCACGCAGCUGCGGCGGCUCGCGAGCUGGAGAGACGGAGGAAGAGCAGGAAGUCGAAGAAGAGGGACAUGGGGGACGGUAUGCUGACGAUGCGGACGAAACCGCCGCCGGAAAAGGAGUUCAUCGACAUCUUUCAGAAGUUCAAGCUCUCCUUUAACUUGCUGGCGAAGCUGAAGGCGCACAUCCACGACCCCAACGCGCCAGAGCUGGUGCAUUUCUUAUUCACGCCUCUGGCUUUGAUAGUCGAAGCCUCGCACGACACCUACUUCGAUCAACAUCUACCCCAAAACGUGUUCUCCCCAUUGCUCACGAGAGAAGCGGUCAAUCUGCUUAUGAAUUGCGUCACCAGCAAAGAAACUGAGCUAUGGCACUCUCUUGGAAAUGCAUGGCUUAUGUCAAGAGACCAAUACAAAGGCAAUGUUCCGCCAUACAACCCAGUUUUCAUGGACGGUUGGUCUCCCGACAUUAUUGAUGAGCCUGAAUCCAGCAUGGAUAAAUAUCGGGACCCUCACGAUGCUCAUUACAGCGAUUAUAACGAUUAUCCAUCCAGCCAGGACAUUUUAUAUGACACCAGAAGCAACGAUAAUCACCACCAUCCGCCAGAUAAGGAAAGGGACCUUCCCCCAAACAUCGGAGACAGCACAAAAAGCGACAUUUCCGUGGAUUCCAUAGAAAAUAGGGGCGAUGACCGCGGUUUUCCAGUCAAUAGAAAUCAGGAAACCUUCUUUGAGGAGUUGCAGCGUAGAGAUGCUAAUGUUGUUCAAGUAACGUACCCCAGAACUGCUAAUAACGAAAAGGAGCUUACUGUAGUCAGAGGAGAGUUUUUGGAGAUUUUGGACAAUAGUCGAAAAUGGUGGAAAGCUAGGAACAGCAGAGGCCAGGUGGCCCACGUACCACAUACAAUAGUUGCUCCAUACAAUCCGUCCUCAAACAACAUAUUUAGCAAUCCAAUCUACAUCCAACAUAACCGACCGAGGGAGGAUUCUCCAAUGGAUCGUUACACUCAAGGUCACAGUUCUGGCAUGUCCGAUCACAUGCCCCCUACUCACCAGCAAAUGCAAAGUAAGAAUUCCUCCGAUUGGAUUAAAAAUGAAAGGAUUGAUGAUUAUGCAUCACGUAGUCCCAGUCCUAUUCCAAUUCCCCCUCCACCCCCAAUUAUGGCGGAUUCUGUGCCAUCGCCGCCUCCAAUAAUGAAGGCCCCUCAAAUUCGUACUACGCCGCUUAAAGACGCUAGUCCAGAGGCCAACAGAAAAUUGCAGCGUUCUCAAUCGAUCGCAUCGAUGCACGAGCAAUUGUACUCAGUGUAUAGUAUUAUUGGGGAAAAAGAGAAAAAACCGCACUUAGACAUUAAACAAACUCCAGACAUUAAUAUCGAUCACAACUCAUCGAAAGACGAUAUCCAACGUUGGUUCAACCUUAAAGGCUUCGAAAAUGAAACAUACGAAAAAUUCCAAAAUCUAUCUAGCAAGCAAUUGUUUUCGUUUUCAAAGGAGGAUCUUGAAAAACUUUGCGGCGCCAAGGGGAAACGACUUUACUCCCAGUUGUUACUCCAAAAAAAUAAAAGUGGCUAUGAGACCAUUAAGGUUUCCGAGUUAAAACAUGUUUUGGAAAGGAGAAAGAAAAAAGUCGACGAUGAAGGUUUUUGAUAAUAUUAUACCUACUUAAGAUAUUACAAUGUUUAAUAUAUAUUAUUAUAAUUUAGCACUUUACAU